AUGAAGAGGAUUCUGGUCGUCGCAGGCUCGGAUAGCUCGGGUGGAGCUGGCCUGGAGGCUGAUCAGAAAGUCAUUGCAGCUCAUGGAUGCUAUGCAAUGACAGCGACGGCUGCAUUGACAGCACAAAACACACAUGGUGUUUAUGGUAUUCACGAAACACCUUCGGACUUCGUACAGAAGCAGAUAGUUGCUUGUAUAGAAGACAUUGGUGUAGAUGUGCUCAAGACAGGCAUGCUCGCUUCGGCGCAGACUGUCAAGGUUGUUGCCAAUGCCAUUCGCCAGCACUAUGUGGCGAUCUCUGUGGUCGAUCCUGUCAUGGUCUCAACGAGUGGCGCACAACUACUUCCAGAGAGAGCCGUCAGAAUAUUGUGCUCCGAUCUGCUUCCUGUUACCACAGUCCUUACACCGAACAUCCCUGAAGCCAACCUCAUGCUCAGAGAAGCUGGCGUGCAGACUGACGAGAUCAAGGACCUCCACGGCAUGAAACGACUCGCCGCAGCAGUCCAAGCGCUCGGACCUAAGUAUGUCCUUCUCAAAGGCGGCCACCUCCCUCUCACAUCAGAAUACAAGGUGGCUCGGACUGAAGAUCAGAAGGCUAUCAUCGCCAACAUUCUCUUCGACGGCACUUCCUUCAACGUCCUCGAGUUCCCCUACCAGAAAACUUCCAACACCCACGGGACAGGCUGCUCCCUCGCUUCCGCCCUCGCAUGCAACCUCGCCGAAGGCCAUGACGUUCUCCAAUCCGUCAUCUCCGCAUCCCGCUACGUCGACGCCGGCAUCAAGACAGCCGUCAAGCUAGGCACCGGCUCUGGUCCCAUCAACCACUUCCACUCCCUCCAGAUCAUGCCCUUCCCACCCGCCGGGUUCGUCGACUACAUUCUCUCCCAUCCCCUCGUUAUCGAUCCUUGGCAUGAAUACACCCACCACCCCUUCGUCGAGAAGAUGGGCGACGGCACCCUCGACCCGGAGGCGUUCAAGUACUACAUGAUACAGGAUUAUCUCUACCUCACGCACUUCGCGCGCGCGAAUGCGUUGGCGGGGUAUAAGGCGAAGAAGAUUGAAGAUAUCGCGGCGAGUGCGCAGAUUGUGAGCCAUAUCCACACGGAGAUGAGCCUGCAUCUGGGGGAAUGCAGGGAGUUUGGGUUGACGAGGGAGAUGAUUGAAAGUUAUGAGGAGAGUCAGGCUUGUACGGCGUAUAGUCGGUAUGUCCUCGAUGUGGGGCAGAGUGAGGAUUGGUUGGCGUUACAGAUCGCGCUAUUGCCGUGUUUGUUGGGGUAUGGGAUGAUUGGGAGGAGGUUGAAGAAGUUACAGAAGACACAUCCGCCGAAGGGAAUGAAUCGUUACGCGACCUGGAUUGACAACUAUACUGCUGCCGACUACACCGAAGCUGUCAAGAAGGGAUGCGAGUUGGUGGAGAAGCAUGCGUUCAAGCAGAGUCCGGGCAGGAUUGAGGAGUUGGUCAAGAUCUUUGUGCAUGCUACGAUGAUGGAGACGGGCUUCUGGGAGAUGGCGUCUACACCGGAGAAGUCCAGCGCAAGCAAGAGAGAACUACCGAUCCGAUGA